AUGCCAAGUUCAACUCCGCCGCCCCUCCCUUAUUCGAAGGCUCCGUUCGUCGCUGCUGAAGGGGCCUCCUUGUGCGAUUUUCUUCUAAAAAUCCCUGAUUUCUCUCAUUUUCUUGGUGUAUUCAAGAUCCUUCUUUGGGGAAUUCAACAAGCAACGUGGGUGCUUACAGCGUGGGUGCUAGCAAAGAAGGAUUUGCAUCCAUCUUCCCAGGUUCUCUUUUCUUUGGUUUGCUCGAAUUGCUGGAAAGGUACCAAAUUUUGUGAGAAGAAACCGUGCAUACGUCUCAGGCAUAGGUGGGGCAGGUUCUGGAAGCCUUUGACGUUUCUGCCGCUGGAACCUUCAAAUCCUCCAGCCUUCUAA